CUUAGUACACUCUUCAGCACAUCAGGAGAAACGCAAAUGCUACGUAGCCAUGUGCCAAGCCUACGUACUGAUAGUAUAUCCAUUUAUCCCCGGGAUAACUUUAAAUUUUACGGUACAUAUUAACCCACCGGAUCCGCUUCCGCUAACUUGGUCCGAGAACUUCUUUUCAACCAGUAGAUCGGAAUCAUGAGAAUGAGUUUGAUGGAUCAAUGCACUGACCACAUGAAAAACGUCGAAUCGUUCCUGGUUAGAGGAGCUGGACUGCGAUGGUUUAUUCAGCUCGGUUUCGUGGCGUGAUGAAACUCUGGCCACCGGCGUUGGUUAGUUAUUCGAGAGUUCUUUCAGAUUUCUCACGAUGACUGUCGGGAAUAUAUGUAUAAGUUUUUUCCUCCCUUCAGGACGACUACAACAACCCCAGAUACAACAUGCAGCCUGUUCCCGCAGGUUAUCCUAUAGAAAGGCUGUCUGGACCUUUGAUCGUCGCCUAUCUCUUGCACUGGGGACUUUUCGGGACCCUUUCUGUGCAGCUCUAUCUGUACUAUCUGGCAUUUCCGAAAGACAGACAAUUUACAAAAUACCUUGUCUAUGGAAUCUACAUUGUCGAGUUUGUUCAGACGAUGCUCGUCACUCACGACGCCUUUGCAAUGUUCGGUUACGGCUUCGGUGAUAUCGAGGCCCUCACUGAUAUGCAUUUUGAUUGGCUCACUGUCCCCAUCAUGAGCGCUGCAGUCGCUUGCGUCGGACAGGUUUUCUACGCGUACCGAAUCUUCGUAUUGUCAAAGUCUCAAAUUGUCCCGAUAUUUGUCACCUGUGUAUCGUUGACCAGUUCCGUGGCAGCUAUAAUCACAGGCGUCUACUCUUUCGAAGCAGGCAACGUUACGAAACUCAAUAAUCGGAAGACGUCUAUUGCCGUCGGGAUUUGGUGCGGAGCCUCCGCCUUAUGCGACAUUGUUAUCGCUAUCUGUAUGACUUACUACCUUAUGCGCAGCGACACUGGUUUCCGUCGUACCCGGAUGCUUGUCACGAAGUUGAUUCGUCUUACCAUUGAAACGGGAACUGUGACAGCCGUGGUGGCUCUGCUCAACCUUAUCCUCUUUUUUGCCUUCCCUCAUCAGACUUUCUACGGGACCCCGGCCCUGAUCAUGCCCAAGCUGUAUGCUAACACUGUUUACAUGGUACUGAACUCGCGCAUCCGGAUUUUGGGUGGACGGGAUACCUAUACGUCUUCAAUGGACAUGAGCAUCACGACCACCAUGAUACGGGACACCAAUUCCCAAUCAACACAAGGCACGCGGAGAAUGGAUGGGAGACAAGGGGCACCAGUGGUUGCUAUAACUAAAGAGGUAUUCAACGAUGAUUAUGAGAUGAGGCGAAUGAAUGAUAAAUCACAGGACAAAAGCGUGGGCUACCCUGAUCAUAACUGUUGAACUACAACCUUUGAGCCGACAUCAUAUGCGGGAACCCGCCAUAAUUUAUUUAGCUUGUCUUGUUGUAAAAAUCAUCGAUACCAAGUUUAUAACCAAACUUACUAAAGUGUCCCACUCGGGAAGAUGGACAUUUGCGACGAACCUGAAUAUAAGCAUAA